AUGUUUGCAGAACCUGGCAAAUCCCCGGGUAAUGGUGGGGACGGCCCCAAACUCCGGGCCGCUUGCGAGAAUUGUCGACAAUCAAAGGUCAAAUGCAAUCUAGGGGGAAAGAAUACGUGCAUCCGUUGUAACCGGCAUGGGUUGCAGUGUCGGUACCGGAUCGCCAACCGGUCUGGUAAACCGAAGGGCAGCAAAAACCGCGCUACAUUGAGGAAACUAGGACAGCUUCAGGAGACAACAGCAAUGCGUGCUCCAGGGAGAGGCACCGAGUCGAAACAUAGAUCUCUCCAGGCCACCGACUUACCUAGCACAGAUCAAGAGUUAGAUAAAAGUGGGAAUGAGACGCGAGAACCUAGCCAGCAUCUCACAGACAGUCCUCUAAGUCAAACCAGUACAGCCAACACAUGCAUGCUAUUGGGUGAACCUCCGGCGGACUACAUAGCGUCGUAUAGAGACCCGCUACCCGAUCUGACGCAUGCGGCUUCCAUGUCGCCGACAUUCCUCCAGAAAGAGUUUAUCACCAAAGGACUGACGAGCUUUCCACUUGCCGUACAUAUCCCUAAUAUAUUACAACCCGUAUGCGACUGUUGCGAGACGAUCGAGUUUCACGCAAAUCGUCUACAACAUAUGGCGACAGACGCAAUCCAUAUGCGAUUCGACCAGGGUCUGCAGACCGUGAAAGCGGCCCUGUCAGUGUGUCGAGGGUUUUUCCAAUGCCGCAGCUGCCACAAGGACAACACGCACGUGCUACUCUGCGUGACGACGGUAGGGCUGGCUCUGCAACUCUUCGACUACUGGAUUUCCUACCAAUGCGCUACAAGUACCGAUGGCGUCGGGUAUGGCGAGUAUGAACUGGCCCCCGACGAGAUGCGACGAGUGCGCCGGGUGCUCAUCCGCAGCCGACUACAACAGUGCAAGGAGGUAGUAACAUCAUUGAAGGAGACAAUCGUCAUGUUCAGUCACGCAGAUCUAGAGGGUAGCUGGCUACAGCAAAUCAUCCAGGGAUACGAAGGGACGACAUCCAAAAUGGCCCACCGCCUCAACCAACUCACCUCCCACCUCAACUACCCCCACGGCCUCCUCGCUAACCAAGUCGCAAUCAUCACCGGCGGCGGCCAGGGCAUCGGCGCCGAAACCGCCAGACUAUUCGCUAAUGAAGGCGCCAAGGUCGUAAUUGCUGAUAUUGAUGCCAGAAAGGCUACGAAUACGGCGAAUGCAAUCAAUGCGGUGGCGCCGAAUCGGGCGCUCGCUGUGACGGGGGAUAUACUUGACGACAAGUAUAUUGAGGAGUUGGUGAGGAAGGCGGCGGAGUUUGGAAAUGGAAAGAUUCAUGUUAUUGUGAAUAAUGCGGGGUUUACAUGGGAUGGAGUGAUCCAUAAGAUCACGGAUAAACAAUGGGAUACCAUGUUGGCGGUUCACAAUACAGCGCCCUUCAAGUUGGUCCGCGCUGCGGCCAAGUACUUCCGCGUCAAGGAUGGGGAACCCCGAGUUAUUAUUAAUAUUAGUAGUACGAGUGGGAUUCAUGGGAAUGCCGGCCAGGCGAACUACGCCCUCGCCAAAGCCGGGUUGGUUGGACUCACCAAGACCAUCGCCAAAGAAUGGGGCCCCGCAUACGGCGUCCGGGCGAACACGGUGGCCUUUGGCUUUGUGCAAACCCGUCUGACGGCAGCCAAGGAGGACGGUGCGUUUAUCACCACGCCGGAUGGGACCAAGGUGGCACUGGGAAUUCCGGGAAAGCAGUUGGAUGCGCGGAAAGCUGGCAAUGGCGAGCAGAAGCAGGCGUAUCCGGAUAUCCCGUUGGGACGAGGUGCUACGCCAGAAGAGGCGGCAAAAUCUGUCUUGGCCGUUGCCAGUCCCUUGUUUUCGUAUGUGACUGGGGAAACGAUCCGGGUUACUGGGGGAAGGAAUAUGUAG